UUCCUAAGCGGUCUAAUAUGAAAGUCUCGUUUAAAACAUUUUUUUUUUGCGGCGAAGGCAGGCGACGCGAUGAUCUCACCCGCCAAAGUUUAGUUUAAACAUUUCGCAAAGCGAUGAUGUCAUGCAUCCGCUGCCGCACACCGGCGACGCGGCGGGCAAUGAUAUCAGCCAGUUGUCAAACGCGACGGCGGCGGUACGCCUGAGUCAUCGCACACAAUCGCGCUGCAAUUUACAUUCACGCCGCGACCAACGGUCGAGUUUCGAAGCGAAGCGGCCCCAUACGACGACGGUUUGGUUAGGUUAGGUCGCUAACUACGACCAAUUUUAUCAGCGGGUUGCGUUAUAUUGCGCAAUUCUCGCCAACACAAAUCUUAAUUAUUCUGAAGGAACGUUCUCGAAUGUAAUUUUAAAUUCAUUACCCCAGAAAAAUUGGCUUAAUUAACAAGUGACCGCCGCCAUAGUGAGACUUCAUUCUUUGGAUUUUUGUUUGUGUUUCACCACUUAAAAAAGCAAAUAAAAAUGUUCACCUGCGAAUAUUGCAACCGCUCGUUCAGCCGUAAAGACCACCUGGCGAGGCACGGGGACUGUCGCGCAGCAGUACAAAUUUGUGACGUUUGCGGCGGGAUAUACAAAUCCGAGGGGGCUCUCCGACGCCAUAAACGCGAGAAGCAUGAGGUUCCCAAGGCGAAAAGACCCGCCGCCGCCCCUAUUGCUGCAGACGAACCCAAGCGCCCGAGACUUGACCUACCGGAAGCUUCGACAUCAUCAUCAUCACCAUCAUCCACGCGCCAUUGUACGCAGUGUAACUUGACCAUUCCUGCAAUGAGAUGGCAAGGACACUUGCGUACUUUGGCUCACCGCCAAAAAUGCAGCGUGGUGCAGGAGCCAGGAGUAGAAAUGAUACAGACCUCCUUCCGUAACCGCAUAGUUACAUACCGUCUGGCGUCCACCGUUAACCCUACCGACGUUAAGGGCUUCUUGGACCACCUUAGGUCCAAAAUCCUUACGUUGGUAGAGUCGAACGUCCGACGCUACGGCAACGUAAAAGUCGGUAUGGAGCUAUUCGGAAACUUCCUCUUGCAGACGAAGGAACAAGAGGAGGUCAAGUCCUUCAAUACCAAAUAUCGGCUGGUGAGCGGAAACACCGAUCUGGAGGAGCUAUACGUCCAGUUCGUCGACAUCUUGGCUACCAAAGCGUCCGAGUUUCAGGAAAGGGACAGCGGUAUGAUUCAUAAAAAUGUAUAUUUCCGAACUAAUUUCUUUCUCUUUUUUACAGGCUGGGCGUUGGAGGAACUUCUCCAUUUAGAAAUAGGGAUUAACAAGUACAAUCCCCUAAGGGCGUCGUCCUAUGUUAACCUGCCCAAGGAAAUCGAAGCCAAAAAAGCUGUUUUGAACUUGCAAAAUACGGACGAAAAAUGCUUUAUGUGGUCGAUCUUGGCUGCUCUUCACCCAAUUCACUGGACAAAUAACGCUAACAGGGUCAGUAACUAUGUAGAAUUUCAGAACGAGCUGGAUUUUACAGGUAUCGAUUUUCCCGUUAAACUUAAGGACAUAUCCACUUUUGAACGACUUAAUGAAAUUUCGGUCAAUGUCUAUGGCCUCGAGAGAGUCUAUAACAAAGUCCGUAAUGAUGUUGAGGUCGUUGGUCCUUUGCAUUUUACUGAAUCUCGUAAAGAGAGACAUGUAAACCUAUUAUUAAUUAGUAAUGACUAUGGAGAAAAUCAUUAUUGUUUAAUAAGAAGUAUGUCUCGGUUGGUUUCAAAACAAUUAACUAAAAGGUCCUCUACAAAGUUUUUAUGCGAUGGGUGUUUGGUUUAUUUUUAUAACGAAGAAAAACUAAAGCGUCAUAAAGAACACGACUGCACUCACAUUUCCAUCAAACUUCCGACCACCGAAUUGCGCAAGGAUAAAUACGGUAAAGAUGUUCCCGCGAAUAAGCUGAAAUUUGAAGAAUUUGAAAAGAAAUUAAAAGUUCCUUUUGUUGUGUACGCGGACUUUGAAACAGUCAUGACUCCUUUACAGGUGGAAGGCGAACCGAAUCCCGACAAAUCGUUUACCGUCAAAACUCAUAUUCACGAGCCUUACUCUUUCGCCUACUAUGUCAAAUGUGACUUUGACGAUUCCCAGUCUACUUUUAAACAGUACAGAGGUCGGGGCGCACACAAAAUUUUCAUUGAAUGGUUGGAGAGCGACUGCAAAGCGCUCUACAACAAGUUCAUGAAAACUUCCGUGCCCAUGACCACUCUAUCGUUUGAACAAGAGACCGGCUUUCGAAACGCUGUGGCUUGUCACAUUUGCGAGAAGCCAUUUAAUGCAGAGGACGAAAAAGUAAGGGAUCAUUGUCAUAUGACUGGCGAAUUUCGAGGUGCGGCUCACUUCACUUGCAACUUGAAUUUCAAAGUUCCGCGGCACAUCCCUGUCUUUUUUCACCAUUUAGGUUUCGACAGUCAUUUAUUUGUAAAAGUUAUGGCUGAAGAAGGGGAAAAGAUCGAUGUCAUCGCCCAAAACAAGGAACGUUACAUUUCCUUUACGAAACAUGUCCUAGUCGAUAACAUUGAGUCGGAGAAAGGAGGCAAAGGGAAAAGGGUAUUUUUAAAACUCCGAUUUUUAGAUUCAUUUCGAUUUAUGGCAUCCAGUUUGGACAGAUUGAGUCGAAAAUUGAACGAUAGUCAGUGUCGGGAAGUCAAAAAAAUUUUUAAAAAUGAACAAGAAUUUCAACUUAUUCGACAGAAGGGCGUUUUUCCAUAUACGUAUCUAGAUUCUUUUUCAAAAUUAGACGAAACCAAACUGCCAUCGCACGAGGACUUUUAUGACUCCAUGCGAAAGAGCAACAUAACCAGGGAGGAUUACAAGCGUGCCUGGACUGUGUGGAAUUUGUUCAAAUGUAAAACUUUAGGCGAAUAUUCAGAUAUUUAUUUAAAAUCCGACGUUUUACUUUUAGCCGAUAUUUUUGAAAACUUCAGAGAGGUGUGUCUGAAAACGUACGGUCUGGACCCGAGUCAGUUUUAUACGACACCGGGCCUAUCAUGGACGAGCGCCCUGAAGGCGACAAAGGUCGAACUGGACCUGUUGACCGACGUGGACAUGAUACACUUCUUGAAGUACGGUAUCCGCGGAGGAGUCAGUCAGUGUAGUGUGAGAAAGGCCGCGGCUAAUAAUAAAUUUUUACCUAAUUACGACCCUUCCAAACCUAUUUCUUACGUCAUGUACGCUACCAAUUUAUACGGGGCGGCCAUGUCACAAUACCUCCCAACGGGAAACUUUGAGUGGUUGGAGGAGGGCAAAAUUCAAAAUUUAGAUAUUACGCGUAUCCCCAACGAUUCACCUAGGGGCUAUAUUUUCGAAGUAGAUUUGGACUAUCCGGAAGUGCUGCAUGACGCACACAACGAACUGCCUUUUUGCCCGGAAUCCAUCGUUUCGCCAAUCGGGAAAACCAAAAUGAGAAAACUUAUUCCAAAUUUAAACAAUAAACGUAAUUAUGUAUUGCAUUAUAGGAAUCUGCAACAGGCUUUAAGCAACGGUUUAAAGCUUGUUCGCAUCCAUCGCGUUCUUGUUUUCGAUCAAUCUCCCUGGCUAAAACAAUACAUAGACUUGAAUACGGCGAUGCGUAAUACAGCUAAAAAUAAGUUUGAAAAAGAUUUUUUCAAACUUAUGAAUAACGCUGUGUUUGGAAAACCGAUGGAAAAUGUGGACAAAAGGGUGGACGUGCGGCUCGUUUCCCAUUGGGAAAAUAUUGGGAAAAGGUUGGGGGCAGAAGCGUUAAUCGCGAGACCUAAUUUUAAAAAUGUCGCCAUAUUUAGCGAAAAUCUAGUAGCUCUCCAGAUGGAAAGGACUAAAGUCGUAUAUGAUAAGCCUAUUUACGCCGGAUUUUGCAUUUUGGACAUAUCCAAGACUCUCAUAUACGACUUUUUUUACGGCUAUCUAAAGGCUAAGUACGGCGACAAAGCCGUCUUACUCUACACCGAUACCGACAGCCUCGUUGUCCAAAUUUUUUGCGAAAAUUUCUACGAAGAUAUGAAAGAAAAUUUGGACAAAUUCGAUACUUCUAAUUACUCGGAGAACAACCAACACGGCAUUCCUGUAAACAAGUCCGUUCUUGGUAAAAUGAAGGACGAGUACGCAGGACGGCCGUUGUGGGAAUUCUUGGGUACGGGAGCGAAAGCUUAUUGCGUAAAUGUGGACGGCAACGAGUUGACCAAAAAGGCCAAGGGCGUUGCUGACUCGGUCAGCCAGCGCGAACUUAGUCUCGACGACUAUAAGCGCGCUGUCCACGAGGAAGGCACGCUAAUCUUGCGCCAAAUGUCUUCGUUUCGCUCACAUUUACAUGAUAUGUACGUCGAACUGAAAAAUAAGGUGGCGUUGUCUUACGCGGAUGACAAACGACAUCUUAUACCCGGCUCAGAGUACACGCUAGCUUGGGGCCAUCGAAAUUUAGUUGGUUCAAAGGACAGCGGGAAAAUCACUGAUUGAUCGACCACCAGAUAUUUCUUUUGGCAAACUAAUAUGUUACGAUUCCUUUAGAUGAUUGUAGUUUAUAUUUGUGUUUAAUUUAUGUAUCUAUUUAUGUCCAUAUAUGCUAUUUAUAUAUGCAUAUCGUUCGAAUAUAUUUAUUAAUAUGUGUCUAUCCUGAUGGGGUUUUGUAUAUGAUUAAUAAAACAAUUUGUUCGAUAUUAGUGUCAUUAAACGUCUUUUUCCCUGUUGCAUU